AUGAACUGUAUGGGUGACAGAGCGAUGAUGGAGAAUGGCGGCGCGCGGAAGCGCGAUGCUCCGGAGGAUCAGUCCUGUGAGAGGAGCAUUGAGCGCUGCCACCACCGCAUGAUCAAGAACCGUGAGUCAGCCGCACAAUCGCGUGGUAGGAAGCAGGCUUAUACCAAGGAGCUUGAAGCCGAACUAAACCACCUCAAGGAGGAGAACGCUCGUCUGAAAGCUGAGGAGAAGACGAUUUUGCUGACCAAGAAACAAAUGCUAGUGGAGAAGAUGAUGGAGAAGUCCAAGGAAAAUGUGAAUGCCAAGAAGGGUGGUGCCCUGUCGCGGCGCUGCGGUAGCUGCAUCUUGUGA